CAGGGCUACGCGGGGAAGUGUGCUGUGAGUUCAUUUUAGGACAGUUUUUCGUAUAUUCUGACAUGACCAAGCGACUGGGUUCGAGCAUAAUCCUCGCCUGCCACUUAUAUGUCUAGAAAAUGUUCGAGCUCGACUGGACCACCUCAUUACCAAGAACCUAUCCAUCACAACAAAACUCACUAAAUUUAGGGACUCGAUUUUGCGUGACUUGUUCUCCCACUUCAGGAUCCGGCACGUGGCCGCGGGCCAGUUGUCGCGUGCUGAUACGGACACGGAAACACGCGAGAUGUGCACCGAUGCUUUAAAAAUCAAAAAGAAACUCUUGACGGAAAGUCAAAAUGACUUGGAGAGCGUGGAUGAAGCCCUAGCAGGCCAUGCGACUUUCUUGGAUUUCUCCAAAAAGGCGCUUCACGAAGUUCUCGCCAAUAUCAAUCUUCUGGAGGCCAAUGCAAGUACGCGGGGCGACUAUGUUGGUGGCAGAUUUCCCAUAGAUUUCCCCAGAAUGACUGCUCUCGCUCGAUUGACCGCUGGCGAAGACUAUGAAAGCAUUCCGUCGACCCUUCCAGAGCCACGACCAAACGUACAAGAACAAGUCAACACAUCAUUCUACCAUUUCACAUGCUUUCUCAGCUUACCAGUAGAGGUCCGAGCCAUGAUCUGGAAAUUCUCUCUUCCUGGUCAAAGAAUACUCACACAUAGUUCGAGGCAUAACAGAAAUCUAGCGCUGUUAUCGACGUGCCUCGAAUCUCGCAGAGUUGUGAAAUCGGUUUAUACUCGAAUAUUGAGCCCUACAUACAAGACAACAGGAACGAAUAUGGAGUUUACUUGGGUUGAUCUCGACAAUGAUAUCAUAGUCAGGGACUUGUCAACACCAGACUCUGACAAACCGUCGAAGAACCUUUUCGAUAGAACAACUACAGAAUUCAACGCAGGGUGCUUUCGAAUAUUUACUGGUUUAGCAAAUGUUAAGCAUCUGGCCGUUGCUUUUGAUGUACUUCGCCAAAACGGCGGAUCUUUCUUCGUGGUGCUGCAAGCUUGCGCCCCAGAACUGGAGACCCUGACCAUAAUCCCGAGCACGCAAAUCGAUGGGUCACCAUUAAAAAGGUUCAAGGCAGCAGUGAAUGAUAAUGUGCGCCUCAUAGAAUUGGACUCGAAUGUUCUUGACUAUGUAUGUUUUCGAAGAUGCUGUAUAGAAGACCGAACAUUGAAGCAGAAAGCUCAAAGGGGUGUCACCACUAUUGCGACAGCACUGAACCACUCUCAACAGUACAAGACUUUGUUCCCAAGUUUUGUCGCCUCCUCAGAAGGUCUCUGGAAUCCAAGAAUCAGUGUUGCUCUUGUCACAACUUGGAAUGAGGGAUGCAAGGGUUGGCAAACAAGACAUCUCGACAGAGACUUCUACAAUGCCAAAUAUCUUGGUGAGGAUAUGAAGAUGUAUCACGGCUUCGUACAGUCUGGUAUGAUGUGCAGCGCCGAUGGUGAGGUAUUGAGUCGCUACGAGGGUAUGGCGCGGCUUUUUGAAGAAGUCUGACAUUGGUCGAUAUGCAUGCAACAUAAAAAGUCUCAAGCGACCCUGCCUGUGCACCUUUUUGUUGAUCAGUCAAUCACCCAUGGGUCGGACUGCAGCCUGCCUAGAUCUUUCUAUGGUAUGGUAUGACAAAAUGGCAGUGUAUGGGUCGUUUCUACCUUGAUGCAAGAUCUGGCAAUGCAUCCAGAAUUCGUCCUACGUGACGUUCAUGAUACAAGAAAUUAAGGUGGUCUCUCGGCCCCAUUCUGGAGCAGUUUCAGCGGAGGUCAAGAUGGCAUCGAACCCGGAAUUCUCAACUUAAUGUAUUAUGUUAAGAUCUAGCUCUUCGCCCGUCGAUUUGUUUCUUGUAUCGCAACGAGAGUUUAACG